CGCUCAUGCUUAUUAUGUCCACAGUUGUUGUUUUGAGCGGCGUAAUGAGCAGAUUUGUUUAUAAACUUUUACAGAGUGUAAACCAAACAAAUUCAGGCUGCAGACUCCUGUCUUUGUCUGCUGUAAGAAAUGCGGAAAGGGAAUCUCAAGAGGGGGUCCCAGCCCGCACAGUACUGGUGGAAAAGGAUUCGCACAUAACACUAAUUGGUCUAAAUCGCGAGCAGCAGCGCAAUUCGAUUGAUGCCAACACCGCGGAGCAGCUGACCGAAGCCAUCAGCCAAUUUGAGGCGGAUGAUAGUUCACCGGUGGGUGUGCUCUACGGCAUAGGCGGUUCCUUUUUUGCCGGCUAUGAUCUGGGGGGACUGGGGGGGGGGGGGCCGCGCGGAAGCCUCAACUUUCUGUUGCGUCACGAGGGCUCCGUUGGGCCUACUAGGCGACAUCUCCGUAAGCCACUCGUUUGCGGCAUCAGCGGAUUCUGUGUGGCCGGAGGACUGGAGCUGGCUCUAAUGUGUGAUCUGCGAGUGAUGGAAGACACUGCCGUGUUGGGAUUCUUUAACCGACGGCUUGGGGUUCCAUUGAGCGAUGGUGGAACUGUGCGCCUAGCCGCUGCAGUGGGUUACUCCAAUGCCAUGGACAUCAUCGCGACUGGAAGACGCAUCUAUUCCGGGGAGGCCCGCCGAAUAGGUUUAGUGAAUCGCGCUGUAGCCACGGGCACAGCUUUGGGCCAAGCUGUGAAUCUGGCCUUUUCCAUUGCAAAGUUCCCCAUGGCUUCCCUAAUGCACGACAGGAAUGCUGUUCUGGAAAAUGCCAAUGCCUACAACAAAGACGGAUUCCAUGUGGCCAGCUACAAUGAAAUCAUUAAUGUAACCUCAGCUAUGAUAACAGAUAUGCAGGAGGGCGUAAAGCGUUUCAAGAACUCUGACAUAAAGGGCGCCAAAACCGACUCGUGGAGCAUCAAGGAAAAAACCAUUCCAGAUUGGGAAAAAGCCGAAAUUGAGAUCGAAAAGCAAAAUCAAAAGACAUGACAUAGUUAACUGAUAUAUAAAAAAUUUUGGUAGAUCCUCUGGUUAGUUGCAAUACUUUGUUGUUAUUUAUAAAACGAAAGCCUUUAUUCACGUAAAAUACAUUUAUUUAAUGAUUUAUGUAGUUGACCGCCGUAAUCGCUUACGACUCGCGCUUAUUUCAAUAUUCACAACAAUUACAAUAACGAAUUUUCCUUGAAAUUAAGCCUAACUACAAAAAAGAGUUGAGAGGAAAAGCACAAAGUUCUGUAUUCCUUGCUGUCGAUCGAUUCAACAUUCACAAUUAGUUUACACUUAUAAAAAAUAUGCUAGCGUCAAGUAAUCGGACUUGUCGUCUUACUUACAAUGAAUUUUUGUUAUCAAGUGCUGGGCCAAGCGGUUUGCUGGUCUCGCCAAUAUGUCUUAGUUCUAGGAGUUAACAAAAGGAGUUAUUGCACUUAAAUCGAGUAAAGCGAGAAACGAAGCUCUAUGCAAAAAAGGCUGCUCUUGUACAAACUAGUGUUAAAAACCGACUGAUCGUUAAUCGUGUUAUAGUAGUUUGAUUUAAAAUACAUCGUACAUUGUACAUCGUCGUACUACGGCUAACA